AUACAUGCUGGGAUUGCAGCUAAUCGGUGCAAGUGCAACAGGUUUUCCCUCAUGGCUGCAGAAGCUUACGCAGCAGCAAACCCUGACAAAAUCCACGCCGAUGUUCUCACAGAAGCUAGGGAAGCUUGCUACAAGGCUCGUGAUGCUUUCUAUACGUGCCUGGAAGAGCAAUCUGACAAGAAACCCACAGAGAUUGCAUCAGUGGGGUUGCUAUACCCGGUUGAAUGCAAAAAAUUCAGGACUGAAUUUGUCAAACAAUGCCGAUCUUCUUGGGUGAAACAUUUCGAUAGGCAAUACUGCCAGAACAAGAGGGUUCAGAGACUUUUGGAUGACAAAGGGUCAAGGAGAGGGGUAUAAAGAUCGUCUUGGCCCCUGUCGAAGAAAGGUGAUCACAUCAUGGUCUUUCCGUGGGUGGAUGUUGAAUACUUAUCUGAGUCAGUUGCAAUAAGAAGUUCUAAAAUGGUUUUCAUGCUUUGCAGUAUUUUUGAAUCUUAAGUGUUGCUUUACUUCUUGGUAUUUUUUGGCAUUAUAGCGAAUUAGUUUGGACCUGAAAACAUGUAUUUAUUGACUCAACAAUUUGACUAUUCAUAAUGUACUCACUAUGACAAUAAUUUAGUUCCCUCUGCUUCGCAUGGUUCAUGUUAUGAAGGCUUGUGGGUGGCUACUGAACAUUGGGUAUCCAACUAUCCAUGCAUUAGUGAAGAGGAAGAACUGGAAAUAAGAUACACCGGGUUAGUCUUUUAAGCAAAAUAGUUCAAAGUCAUUUGCAUUAACUAAUUUAUCUUCUUGUAAACGGUAAAUGAUGAGCCUAAAUAUCCCGGUUUGAGGCUUUUGAUCUAUGUGUA